AUUUUCCACUCUGCUCUUUCUUCGUGAUUUGGACAAAAUGGACAAAUGGAAAAAGAGAUAUCCUUAUCUCCAUCGUGCUUUCUCUCGAUGACGUGCACAACCAACACGACCAUGCAAGGUACUUCUAAUGGGUUAUUUGCCCAGCUGCUGCCUCUAGCUGUUAGGCAGUCCAAACAGACUCUUGUUAAUGGUGGAGGAAACAUGAUUCAAAUUGGGGCUUCACUAGAUAUAGAGAGGAUGAGAUCACUUCCUUUUCUGGUAAAACCUGCAUCUGGUUCCCCUCGAGGAGGUUCGAGUGCGACGAAAGGUCUGAUCAUCCGAGUUCUACGGGACAAGCUCUCUUCCAUAAUGGAUGAAGGACCUAAUGGGGCUCAAAUCAUGUUAUGGAAAGUGAAGGAAGUACUACUCCUUGGAGUACGUCCACCCAGACCGAGAGACUCGGUGGUCAGGUCCCCGCAUAUUCGAGACAGAAUCAUGGAGUCCAGACCCCAAACACCUGAUCCACAAGUUACUUUGACAACUCUUUCCCCUGAUACUACGGCGCAGACAGCUGCGAUCCUGACUAGGGAGGGCGUGAUAGAAGUCCCGCUCAACGAGGACAACGACCCUGCUCCUUUCACGGAGGUCACCUCCAGACACAGGCUCAACACCGAUGCCAGUCCCCCUCAAAAUCCUACACGGAACAAGAGACCAGUGCGGGACCCUUUCCGGACCCCCUUGUUUAUAGAGGCGGUACCGGAAAAGUUCCGCAAUCCUAUAGCCUUUGUCGGAACCCUCCUCUCUGUGCCCAAAGGCAUAGAGAUCACCAACAUAAGAAAAACAAGAACGGGAUACGUCUUGGACGUUCCCAACCAACAAGAUGCCGAAAGACUCAUUGACAAAUUGCCAUCCAAUAUGGGCACUGCCCAUGCCCCGCACACCAAGACAAACCCCUUGAAGUUUGUCAUAAAGAAUGUCUCUCUUGACACCGAAAUAACAGAUGUCAAAGAACUACUUGAAGAAUCUGGCAUAACCCUGAUGGAGGACAUCAUCAGGAUGAGAAAAACUCGUACGGGCUGCUAUUUCAACUGUCCUAACUAA